AAAAACCCACCCAGGGCCGCCGCAGCCAUCUUCGCGCGGAGCAGCCGCUCCCUGCGCCCGGCAGGUGGGAGCAUGCGGGGGCCGGCGGGGGCCGGGGCCGAGCCGCGGGGCGCGAUGGAGAACGAGGAGGAGCUGUCAGAAGAAGAGGAUGGAGUGCUGGAAGGGCUGGAGGAAUUUUAUCCAGAGGAGCAGGUGACUGCGCAGAAGAAAAAGAAAUCCAAAAAGCUGAAAGAAAACAAGACAUCCAAAGUCAAGAGAAGGAAGAAAGAGGGGAGUAAUGAUGAAAUAUCUGAAAAUGAAGAGGAACUGGAGGAGAAAUCUGAGAGCGAAGGGAGUGACUAUUCGCCCAACAAAAAGAAGAAGAAGAAGCUCAAAGAAAAGAAAGAGAAAAAAGCCAAGCGCAAGAAGAAAGAUGAAGAGGAGGAUGAUAAUGAGGAAGGAGGUUUAAAGGAGCCCAAGAGCUCAGCGCAGCUAAUGGAGGAGUGGGGCCUGGAUGAUGUGGAUUAUAUUUUCUCAGAAGAAGAUUACCAUACUCUGACUAAUUACAAGGCUUUCAGUCAGUUUCUCAGGCCUCUCAUUGCCAAGAAGAAUCCCAAAAUCCCCAUGUCCAAGAUGAUGACAGUGCUUGGUGCCAAAUGGCGAGAAUUCAGCGCCAACAACCCGUUCAAAGGCAGCUCGGCCGCGGCAGCUGCAGCUGCAGUGGCAGCAGCCGUGGAAACAGUCACCAUUGCACCUCAGCUUUCUGUCAGCCCUCAGCAGUCUGCUCUGCCCAUGGCCAUCAGGAAAGCGAAAACCAAGGAGGGCAAAGGUCCAGGAGUGCGGAAGAAAAUCAAGGGCUCCAAAGAUGGGAAGAAAAAGGGGAAGGGGAAAAAGAUGGCGGGCGUGAAAUUCCGGUUUGGAGGAAUCGCCAACAAAAGGAAAAAAGGCUCAUCAAGUGAAGAGGAGGAGCGGGAGGAGUCGGACUUCGACAGCGCCAGCAUCAACAGCUCUUCGGUGCGCUCCGAAUGCUCGGCGGGCUUGGGGAAGAGAGGGAAGAGGAGGAGAAAGAAAAAGAGGAUUGAAGAAGGGGAUGGAUACGAGACCGACCACCAGGACUACUGUGAAGUCUGCCAGCAGGGAGGGGAGAUUAUCCUAUGCGACACUUGUCCUCGCGCCUAUCACCUCGUCUGCCUGGAUCCUGAGCUGGAGAAAGCACCGGAGGGCAAGUGGAGCUGCCCGCACUGUGAGAAGGAAGGGAUCCAGUGGGAGCCGAAGGAAGAGGAGGAGGAGGACGAGGAAGGAGGCGAAGAGGAGGAGGAUGACCACAUGGAGUUUUGCCGUGUGUGUAAGGAUGGCGGGGAGCUGCUGUGCUGUGACACCUGCCCGUCUUCCUAUCACCUGCACUGUCUGAACCCGCCUCUGCCGGAAAUACCAAACGGUGAAUGGCUCUGCCCGCGCUGUACAUGCCCUCCCUUAAAAGGCAAAGUCCAACGCAUCCUGCACUGGGUCUGGCGAGAGCCUCCUGCCCCCUUCCUGUCUGGGCUCCCUCCGCCUGAGCUGGAGCUGUCCGUCCCUCCAUCAAAGCCCCUGGAGGGGAUCCCGGAGCGGGAGUUCUUUGUGAAGUGGGCAGGACUCUCCUACUGGCAUUGCUCCUGGGUCAAGGAGCUGCAGCUGGAGCUGUACCACACCGUGAUGUAUCGCAACUACCAAAGAAAGAACGACAUGGAUGAACCCCCGGCCUUUGACUAUGGCUCUGGGGAUGAAGAUGGCAAAAGCGAGAAGCGGAAGAACAAAGACCCGCAGUACGUCAAGAUGGAGGAGAAGUACUAUCGCUACGGCAUCAAACCUGAGUGGAUGAUGAUUCACCGAAUCCUGAACCACAGCUUUGAUAAAAAGGGAGAUGUCCACUACCUGAUCAAGUGGAAAGAUUUACCCUACGACCAGUGUACCUGGGAGAUUGACGACAUAGACAUCCCGUACUACGAAAACCUGAAACAGAUUUACUGGAAUCACAGGGAGUUGAUGUUGGGGGAUGAUAUCCAACCGCCAAAGAGGCUGAACAAGAAAGGGAGAAAACUGAAGGAAGAAAAACUAGAAAAACCUCCAGAAACUCCAAUUGUUGAUCCUACAGUUAAAUUUGACAAGCAGCCAUGGUAUAUUGAUGCAACAGGAGGCACCUUACAUCCUUACCAGCUAGAGGGACUGAACUGGCUGAGGUUUUCCUGGGCCCAGGGAACCGAUACGAUCCUUGCUGAUGAGAUGGGGCUUGGGAAGACGGUGCAGACCAUUGUGUUCCUGUACUCCCUGUACAAAGAGGGCCACUCGAAAGGGCCGUAUCUGGUUAGUGCCCCUCUGUCCACUAUUAUCAACUGGGAGCGAGAAUUUGAGAUGUGGGCACCUGACUUCUAUGUGGUGACCUACACAGGGGAUAAGGAAAGCCGGGCUGUGAUCCGAGAAAAUGAGUUCUCCUUUGAAGACAAUGCCAUCCGGAGCGGGAAGAAGGUUUUCCGAAUGAAAAAAGAAGCUCAGAUUAAAUUCCAUGUCCUGCUCACAUCCUAUGAGCUGAUCACUAUUGAUCAGGCUGUUUUAGGCUCUAUAGAGUGGGCGUGUCUGGUGGUGGAUGAAGCUCACAGGCUGAAGAACAACCAAUCCAAAUUCUUUAGGGUAUUAAAUAGCUACAAGAUUGACUACAAGCUGCUGCUGACCGGAACGCCGCUCCAGAACAACUUAGAGGAGCUCUUUCACCUGCUCAAUUUCCUGACCCCGGAGAGGUUUAACAACCUGGAAGGGUUCCUGGAAGAGUUUGCUGACAUCUCCAAGGAGGACCAGAUUAAAAAGCUCCAUGACCUGUUGGGUCCCCAUAUGCUCCGGCGGCUGAAGGCCGACGUGUUCAAGAACAUGCCUGCAAAAACAGAGCUGAUAGUGAGGGUGGAGCUCAGCCAGAUGCAGAAGAAGUACUACAAGUUCAUCUUGACGAGGAAUUUUGAAGCCCUGAAUUCCAAAGGUGGUGGGAACCAGGUGUCGCUGCUCAAUAUCAUGAUGGAUUUGAAGAAGUGCUGUAAUCACCCGUACCUCUUCCCUGUGGCUGCUGUGGAGGCUCCGGUUUUGCCAAAUGGAUCCUACGAUGGGAAUUCUUUGGUUAAAUCUUCUGGGAAACUGAUGCUGCUGCAAAAGAUGCUGAAGAAGCUGCGAGAUGGGGGACACAGGGUCCUGAUCUUCUCCCAGAUGACGAAAAUGCUGGAUUUGCUGGAGGAUUUCCUGGAGUACGAGGGUUAUAAAUAUGAGCGGAUAGAUGGAGGGAUCACGGGAGGCCUGCGCCAAGAAGCCAUUGACAGGUUUAAUGCUCCUGGUGCUCAGCAGUUCUGUUUUCUUCUCUCUACUCGAGCUGGGGGUCUGGGCAUAAACCUUGCAACGGCCGACACCGUCAUUAUUUAUGAUUCUGAUUGGAAUCCCCACAAUGACAUCCAGGCAUUCAGCAGAGCUCACCGCAUUGGACAGAACAAGAAGGUGAUGAUCUACCGCUUCGUGACGAGAGCCUCCGUGGAGGAGCGCAUCACCCAAGUGGCCAAAAGGAAGAUGAUGCUGACCCAUUUGGUCGUCCGUCCAGGGCUGGGCUCUAAGUCUGGUUCCAUGACUAAGCAGGAGCUGGAUGACAUUCUGAAGUUUGGGACCGAGGAGCUCUUCAAAGAUGAUGUGGAAGGCAUGAUGUCGCAGGGCCAGCGGAUCACCAUGCCUGACCCUAUGACCCCCUUUCCCGAAGCACCGUCAUCCAAAGGGGGCGCCGUGACUCCAAGCAUGAAAAAGAAACAUGGAGGCACCCCGCCAGGGGACAAUAAAGACGUGGAGGACAGCAGUGUGAUCCACUACGACGACGCUGCCAUCUCGAAGCUUCUGGAUCGGAACCAGGACGCGACUGAUGACACAGAGCUGCAGAACAUGAACGAGUAUCUCAGCUCCUUUAAAGUGGCCCAGUAUGUUGUGCGAGAAGAGGACGGUGUGGAGGAGGUUGAGCGAGAGAUCAUCAAACAGGAGGAGAACGUGGACCCCGACUACUGGGAGAAGCUGCUCAGGCACCAUUAUGAGCAGCAGCAGGAAGAUCUGGCCAGGAACCUUGGCAAAGGGAAGAGGAUCCGCAAACAGGUCAAUUACAAUGAUGCCUCGCAAGAGGACCAAGAGUGGCAGGACGAGCUCUCCGAUAACCAGUCCGAAUACUCCAUCGGCUCCGAGGACGAAGACGAAGACUUUGAAGAAAGACCCGAAGGUCAGAGUGGCAGGAGACAGUCACGGAGGCAACUGAAGAGCGACCGAGACAAGCCUCUGCCCCCUCUGCUGGCAAGGGUUGGGGGGAACAUUGAGGUGCUCGGAUUUAAUGCCCGGCAGCGCAAGGCCUUCCUGAACGCUAUCAUGCGGUGGGGCAUGCCGCCCCAGGACGCGUUCAACUCACACUGGCUGGUCCGAGACCUUCGCGGGAAAAGCGAGAAGGAGUUUAGGGCUUAUGUCUCUUUGUUUAUGAGACAUUUAUGUGAGCCUGGAGCAGAUGGUGCUGAAACCUUUGCGGAUGGCGUUCCCCGAGAAGGGCUCUCGCGCCAGCACGUGUUGACGAGGAUAGGAGUUAUGUCACUAGUAAGGAAGAAGGUUCAGGAGUUUGAACAUGUCAAUGGGAAGUACAGCACCCCUGAUCUGAUCCUGGAGGGGCCGGAGGGGAAAAAAUCCAGCGAGGUUGUCUCUUCUGAUCCAAACACCCCUGUCCCAGCCAGCCCAGCACACAUGCAGACUGGGCCAGUGGCACAGCCAGACAAAACAGAAAUACAGUUGGGGCUCCAAGAGGAAAAGGAACAAUUGGAGCCAAAGCCCAAGAAGCCAGCUGAGAGCCAGGGUCCAGCAAGUGCAGAGAAAGCCGAGAAUGAAGAAAACCAAGAGAGCUCCAGAAACGAGGAGAAACCGAGAGACGAGAAACAGGAAGAGAGCGCAAAGGCUGAGCUGUCGCCCGAGCGGCUGCCGGUGAGAGAUGAGGCAAUUCAGGCAAAGGAAAAGCCAUUGGAAAAGUCAGAAUUAAAUGCCUGCCAAGGUAAAGGGGAAGACAAAGAGUUCAAGCCAGCAGAGGAUACCAAGGUGGAAGAGAAGGAGCAGAGUGAGACUCAGCAAAAUGGUGAAAAAGAGGAAGAGGAGGAUGGGAAGAAGGAGGAUAAAAAUAUGAGCUUCAGAUUCAUGUUCAACAUUGCUGAUGGUGGCUUUACAGAGUUGCACACGUUGUGGCAGAACGAGGAGAGAGCUGCCGUCUCCUCGGGCAAGAUCUACGACAUCUGGCACCGGAGACAUGACUACUGGUUGCUGGCGGGAAUUGUUACCCAUGGCUAUGCCCGCUGGCAGGACAUCCAGAACGACCCGCGCUAUGUGAUUCUGAAUGAGCCAUUCAAGUCGGAGAUACACAAGGGGAACUACCUCGAGAUGAAGAACAAGUUCCUUGCCCGACGGUUCAAGUUACUGGAGCAGGCCCUGGUGAUAGAGGAGCAGUUGCGAAGGGCCGCGUACCUCAACAUGAGCCAGGACCCCAAUCACCCGGCCAUGGCACUGAACGCCCGUCUGGCUGAAGUGGAGUGCCUUGCCGAAAGCCACCAGCAUCUCUCCAAAGAGUCCCUGGCUGGGAACAAGCCUGCCAAUGCUGUCCUGCACAAAGUUCUGAACCAGCUUGAGGAGCUGCUGAGUGACAUGAAGGCAGAUGUGACCCGCUUGCCCUCCAUGCUGUCCAGGAUACCACCAGUCGCUGCUCGCCUGCAGAUGUCUGAACGGAGCAUCCUGAGUCGUCUCACUAACCGAGGAGGGGACCCCACGGUCCAGCAGGGCUCCUUCGCGUCCUCCCAGCUCUACAACAACAACUUUGGGCCAAACUUCCGGGGUCCUGGACCAGGUGGGAUUGUCAACUACAGUCAGAUGCCGCUGGGACCUUACGUGACCGCGACACCCAAUGGGCCGCCCUCCAGCCACCCCGAUAAAAAAGUAGCCGAGUCACUGAAAGAUGGUGCAGCCUUGGAACGCAAGGGGAAGCUUGGUGACAUCAUCUGCAUCGAAGACUAACUCUCAGCCCAGUGGGUGUUGGGGCCAGGGGCUGCCUUGCUCACAUUUUAAAGUGUUCUUCAAAACAAACCGUCCCCCAGCCCAUUUCAAGAACUUCUUAGAAGGGGAUUUCAUUUCCUUGUACAUUUUUUGCACUUUCUUAUUGAAGACUUGAAGAGUUUGUCUUGACAAUGUUGGCUGAAUUAUGAAGGGAUUAUCUAGUAACAGUAUUUAUGUCUCUGGUUUUAUCGACAUGUAAAGGGAGACCGUAUUGGAAGCUCUGUUUCUAGUCCAGUUACCCUGAGGUGUCAGUUAGGAGCCAGGCUUAAUUCUUUUCUGUAGCCUCCUAGGGUCGUUCUAUUUUUAUGUCCGUUUUGUGUUUGAGCAAAUGCAUGCACACGUCAAGCCACUGUUCUGCUGCCAAAUGUCCCGUGUAUGCGAGGGAGAAUGUGCCCGCUGUCCUGCCAACCCUCCGCAGGCACCAAGGGAGAACACACAUGCUGCAGGAGAUGUCUGUCUCACCAGCAGGGAAUGGGUUAAAUGAGCUGUGUUUAUAUUUCCGGACUGCUCACUGACUCCUGGCCUGUACUGAACAGACGAAUUGCCUAGCCUGUGCUGACUGAGGGCAGUUUUCUGAGCUAAUACACAGAUCUAGCUGGUCUAGCAGACCGCGUGGGAUUCAGGGGGUCAAAGCCUUGGGUGGGUUAGGAUGACGUGAGCUAUGUACGAUGCAGGUGCUGUAGUUACCUCCAUAGACACUUGUCAGAGAAUGUGCCAGUCACCUAGGACCUUCCUGCCUGGCCCAGAGUGUGGACAGCUGGCACCUGGCUUCACAGGUAACACGCAGCGUGGGGAGCUGGGGAUUGUUGGUGUAAGAAGCAGGCGUUUGUUUCUGUGUUGGGUUUGGGGAGCAGGUCGCUGCCCUGCAGACUGCCAGGUCACUGCACACCCCAAGAAACCUUUCUCCCAGUCUGGCGUGAGAGCUGAGUUGCUGACAGCAAAGACCCUGCACUGUUAUGUUAGCUGAGGCCUAGGGUCUGCUGUAUCCAUUUACUGAGCCACAGGGCUGGGGGCGUCCUUCUUACUGGGGCAGAGAAUAAAAGGCAGCCCGUCCGCCUUGCCUGCCCCCGGGCCAGUGCCCCGAGAUAGCAGCUGUGCUGUACCUCCUCCUUUGGGGAGCCAUUUUGCCCUCUCUAAUCUGCCUUUCACUGCACCCGCCUGCGGUGAAAGCCACCCAUGGCCGAGGAGCCCCCCGCUUGCUGGCAGAGCUGCUGCUUGGCAAGCACUGGUGUGUGUGUGUGUGUGGGGGGGGGGGACUCUAUGCCCAGCCGGACCCUCUUCCUCUCUGCACCCGACAUUGCCAGCCCUUUCUUGGCACAGACGCUGAUUGGCAGGAGAGGAGCGAGGCGUGUCAGGGAAGUGCUCCUGGGUCAAACGUUGCAUCUACCUACCUUGAAUUCCCUCAUCACUUCAUAUCUAGCUCUGCUCCAGCCAGAACCUUCUCCUUGGGCUUGGUGGUUCACUGGAUUCUGGAGGUUGAACUGGAGCAGAGCGAGGAAGCACUCGCCCCCCCCAGAAUCGUAGAAGAUGAGGGUUGGAAGAGACCUCAGGAGGUCAUCUAGUCCAACCCCUGCUCAAAGCAGGACCAGCCCCAACUAAAUCAUCCCAGGCAGGACUUUGUCAAGCUGGGCCUUAAAAACCUCUAAGGAUGGAGAUUCCACCACCUCCCUAGGGAACCCAUUCCAGUGCUUCACCACCCUCCUAGUGAAAUAGCCCUACUCCAGUAUGGCUUGGUGAGCGAUUGCUGGGACAGUGGAAGACGUCCAGGCUCUGGGAUGGCAAUCAUCUGUCGAUUGUCUCCUCUGGAACAGGCAAUGCAGAAGGCUGGGGCUGGCUUACUCACUGGUAGGGCUAGGUUUGUUAAUAGGCCAGGUCUCCCUGCACGCUGCUAGCCCCUUGCUAACGGCACUGCAGUGGCUGCAUGUAUGCAGUAGCACGGUGCCUGAAAACAGCAGGGCCAGGAUUAACUCUGCAGCAGUAGCUUUUCACCCCGUCCCCUCCCUCCACAGGGCAAGUUGGCUGCCCCCAGCACAAUGUGACACAGGAAAAAGAAGGGCUGUCAGUGCUCGCUCCCAGAUCCUGGCUGACCUGGAACAGGGCUUCUUCAGUCAGGACGGUUAGGGGUACCAGUGUGUCUCCCAGGGAAGGAUAAUGCAGCAUGCACUCCAGAGGUGGCUGCAUUUUGGUGGAGAUGCAUGCCUGUGGGGGGUGAAAUGCAUUCUGUAAUAGCUGGGCAGUCCGCUCCUGAGAGUCAGCCGCUGGGAGCGGACACUGAAGAGUUGCAAGCAUGGAAUGGGGGCAAACAAUAGCCUUGUCUUUGCAGGCAGGCCCCGUGCUAGUGCAGAGGAAGCCAAUGCACUGUGGCCUGCCACCUUAUUUUGUGGCAAGAAGAUUUUUAAUGAGCGCAAAGGCUUUUAAUGGAAGGGAAAUUAGCAACUCUCAUAGUUCACAUCUCUGAUGUUUACAGAGCUACCAGUGUGUUCUUCUGUCCAAAGUUCAUUUGUGAUGGUUCCCUCCUCAGUGGCUAGAUUUCCUGUAGCAGUGUUUUGUUUUGGGUAAGAUUACUUGGCACUAGGCUGUGUUUGAACCAUUUCCGUACCUCCUCUUCCCCCCACCCCCCAACAAGGAGAUGAGCGUUUUAAAAGGCUCUCACUGCUGGUUAUGUUAAACUAGCUAAAAAUGACCCCUCCCCCCAACGCUUUUUAACCUGCUUUUUUUCUACUACAAAGUAGACUCCUACCAGUAACUGCAACAGGGAAAGGCACUGAUGCCUGGACAGUGGGGCCAGUAUUAACUCCUCCCACCUACAUGGUCAUCGACAGAAGGGAUUAUGCAACAAUUCUGAGCAAGUUGAAAAAGCUCCAGUGAAAUACAGACUAAGGCAGUGAAGAUUUGGGGAAUAGACUAGGGAAAACCAGAAGCAUUUAAAGCUACUUUGCCUUCAUGAUUCUUGGUUUGUUAUUUUGUGAUACUAACUGAACCGUGCUGACCUUUUGUAGGAGCGUUUCUGGCGUCUGUAGCCAACACAAAUCACAUUUACUUUGUACUGUGUGUAUUUGUUUUUGUUUUCUGUGUUUUAAUAAAUCCUUUAAAAAAAGGA